GGAAGAGGAACUGCCCAAGCAGGAAGAAGGGUGGAAUGAUUACGCUGCGUACUGCCCAAUGAUUGAGCUGCCUCACUUUGGCUCUGGUUAAAAAUCAUCCUCCGUUAUCCUUCCAUUGGUGCAAUCGAAGAAGAUGAAGUCCAUGCACAACACUAACACCAACAGCAGCAGUGCUGAUCAGUCUAACUCCUCGCCUGCUGCCUUCUUCAUCUCCCCUCCCCUACUGAGCUCUGGUUUCAUGUACGGCAUCGGAGAGAAUGGAGGAGCAUACGACUUUUCUCAGCUGACCUCCAUGCCACUCAAGUCUAAUGGCUCCCUUUGCUUCAUGGAACAAGCAAUGGCGGCAUCUCCGUCUCCCAAACUGGAAGAUUUCUUAGACUGUGGUCCAAACAUGGGGACCCAUCAGUACGGGGGCGGCAAUGGCAGCAGGGGGGCAGCAAUGGCUUUAAGCUUGGACUGCGCCACGUACCACCGGCACAGAGCAGAGCUAGACGGCAGCGGAAGAGGACACGGCCCUCACCCUCCUCCCUCAGACACGCUUCGCGGCCACUUCUCGCACUUCCAAGACGGCAUCUUUUCUUUGCCGCCACUUGAAAGUUCCGGCCGAGUUGCGAGGGACGAGGAGGCCUCCUCCUCCUCCUCCGGGCUCAAAGAUUUGGUGCGCGGUGGUGUAGUGAUGGGCUCCGGUGCUCUUGUUACUUCCGUGGGGUAUAGAGACUUGCAGUCCUUGAGCUUGUCCAUGAGCCCUGUUUCACAGUCGAGCUGUGUCACGGCUCCGCGACAUGCCUCUCCGGCUACCGCCGGUGAAUACACGAUCGCGGACGCUAGUAAAAAGCGAGGAUCUAGAGGCGGCCAAAAGCAUCCUGUUCAUCGCAAGUCGAUCGAUACAUUUGGGCAGCGGACGUCCCAGUACAGGGGCGUCACUAGACACAGGUGGACUGGAAGAUAUGAAGCUCAUCUUUGGGAUAAUAGCUGCAAGAAGGAAGGACAAACCAGGAAAGGCAGGCAAGUUUACUUGGGGGGUUAUGAUAUGGAAGAGAAAGCUGCGAGAGCCUAUGACUUGGCUGCAUUGAAGUACUGGGGCAUAAACACACAUAUCAACUUCCAGUUGGAAGAUUACCAAGAAGAGAUUGAAGAAAUGAAGAACAUGACAAGGCAGGAAUUUGUGGCCCACCUAAGAAGGAAAAGCAGUGGUUUUUCGCGAGGAGUAUCAAUGUACCGGGGCGUAACUAGGCAUCACCAGCAUGGAAGGUGGCAAGCACGAAUUGGACGGGUUUCAGGAAACAAGGAUGUUUAUCUUGGAACAUUCAGCACGCAGGAGGAAGCAGCCGAGGCAUAUGACAUUGCUGCGAUCAAGUUCCGCGGUUUGAAUGCUGUUACGAACUUUGAUAUUUCCAGAUACGAAGUGGAGAAGAUCUUGGCAAGUAGCACCCUUCUGACGGUCGAACUCGCAAAAAGAAACAAUGGCAUAGAGCCACUGAUUGUCACUGCAUUAGCUCAAAGUGGCAAUCAAGAGCUAAAUUUAACUGCCGGAAACAACACGAGUAGCUCGGAUUGGAAAGUGGCCCUGUCCCGGUCUCCCAAUCAAACAUCAAGAGCUUCUGAGGAAGAAAAACACAGACUGAUAACUAUUGAGUACCCGACUGAGCCCUUUGUGAACCAUUUCCACAGCUUAGUCGGAGGACUAGAGAGCUCAAUACAAAGUACCGGUGAUUCAGGGAAUUCUGAGGAUCUGGACACUGUGAUAGGAAUGCAUCCAUUACCGCGGGUAACCAGCUUGAGCAACUCUAGAAAUGGGAGUCCUGAUAGGGCUGAUAUCUCCAUGCUCUUUACUGAUACCCCUCUGAAGUUCAGUCCUACCCCAGUAAACACAUGGAUGUUGCCUACCCAGGUAAGGCCAGGACUGCCGUUUGAUCACUUGCCGAUGUUUGCUGCUUGGACGGAUGCCUGAAAUUCCUGAAUUCUUAG